CCCAGCGCUUAGUGCAAUCAUACCAGCGUCUAUAUCGUGCCGAACAGCCUUCGACAAUAUGGAAAUACACGUGUAGCAUCACCUGAACCCUCAACCUCCCUCUCAGCUGAACUCUAUCCGCAUACCAUAACCUUACCCCUGUCUGACUUUGUCACUGAUUCCGUCCACACCACUCAGCCCAUCUUCAAUCCUCAUCAAUUUGCUCUAUCGCACCAUCAUGCCCGGUAGCUCAGAAAGCCGAUACAUCAGACUUGAAGUUAUCAGUGGCAAGAAUUUUCAAGUCCCCUCCUGGCGCAUUCCUGCUGGCAUCUACAUAUCCGUCAAUGUCGACUCUCGGAGACGCUGGAAAUCAGCCAUCAGUUUCGUAUCGUCUGAUGAAUCUGUAGUGUGGGGGAAUUCUGUCACUCUAUCAUCACACUCUUCACCUACGUUGUCAGUGGAGAUCAGGGCGUCCUUGGAGCUUGGUCGAAUGCUUGGCAGUGGUGAGGUCGUUGGAAGACUUAGAAUGCCAUGGAACGAGCUACUCAGUCAUCGACAUGAGCCAUUCGAUAUCUCCCUCCCACCCGUGCGCGGUGUCCACCCUUCCCUGAAGCUGAAGGCCACCAUUGUACACGCUUGCAACUAUCAGGACGACGCACUGUUUGAUUCCCUCGUAGACUGCAAGAUUGCGCGAGACACAGAUGCGGGCCAUGCACAAUUUGUCAAAUAUGUGAGACGCAAGACAGUCUCUCACCUGAAACGUGCUGUAGAACAUUUUCAAUCGGUUCUGGACCAGUGUCCGGUCAGCCAUCCAGACCAUGCAACUGCUCUCACCAACCUCGCGUUGGCCCGCCUUCAAGGCUACAUCCAAAAUGAUGUUCAAGACAUCGAUGCCACCACUUCCCUGUUCCGCGAGGCCCUUGCAUUGCGUCCGCAGCCCCAUCCCGAUCAUCCCUUAUCUCUAUUCAAUCUCGCCCUAGCGCUGACUUGGCGCCACUUCAAGAAAGUUACUGCUGCCGACAUAUUCGAAGCCGCCCAACUCUAUCAUGAGCUACUGCCGCUCUGUCCAGAGGGCACUUACCUUCGUAGCAUCGCGGCAGGGAAUUGUGUUGAUUAUGUGAUCAGCGGAUGCAACUAUAUUCCAAUAGACGCAUCCGAUGAAGGCAUCCACCUUCGACGAGUCGUCCUCGAGCUCUGUCCUCUGGGCCAUCGACUGCGUCACAGAGCCCUCGACGAGCUUGCACAAGCACUUAACACAUGCUUUGAUCAGCACGGCAGCAUCGAUGAUCUUGACAUGAGCAUACAACUUGGUCGUGAAGUCGUGUCUCUGUGCGCCGAGGGACAUGCUGGCCGUGAUACCUACCUGAACAACUUCGCUGACUCACUCACGUUGCGCUUCCAACACCAAGGCAACCCUGAUGACCUCGAUGAGGCCAUCUCUUUGCACGAAGAAGCACUGCGCCUGCGCCCUGUCGGGCAUGAAUAUCGUAAUCACUCAUUGGACAACCUAGGGAGCGUCCUCGUCGACCGUUUCAACAAACGCGGCGACAUUGAUGACAUCACCCGAGCUAUCAGCCUCCGUCGCGAAGCACUGAUGUUGUGCCCACCUGGGCAUCCACGUCGUGAAACCACGCUUAACAACCUUGCCCUCGCGCUCAAAACCAGAUGUAACGAAUCACAUGUUAGCGAGGAUCUGAACGAGGCCAUCGAUUUGUAUCGCGAAUCCCUUCAGUUAAAGCAGCUUGACCAUCCAGAGCGCCAUAGAAAUCUUUUCAAUUUGAGCUCGGCGCUCUGCUCUCGUUUCACGGAAACUCAGAAGAACGAAGAUGUCGAGGAGGCCAUUACCCUUUGCCAACAAUCAUUGGCGGCUGUGUCUUCACUGCACCCGGACAGGUGUCUCAGCUACAGGUGGCUGCAGGAAGCCUAUUUGUCUCGUUACCGAAUUCUACACCAACUUGCUGAUUUGACACUCGCUGUAGAGAACUUCAGACUAGCAUCAGGACAUGCCACACAAGGCUUUCCGGACCGUAUCAAGGCAGUUUGGUACUGGGUUGCUGCAGCAGAGGCGUAUAACCAUGCAUCUGGACUGGAGGCCUACACAACAUUUUUCAACCUUUUUGACGGUUACUUGGCAACGCGAUCAUCGACAAUUUCACGACGCGAAGCUGCUGCUGCCUUCUGUUAUGCCAGAUCGCUGCCAGUAGAUGCAGCCUCAUGUGCUAUACGUCAUGUCAAUCUACAACGAGCAGUUGAGCUCGUGGAGCAGGGCCGUGGCCAGCAAUGGUCGCUGGCAUCGCGACUCAGGACUCCAGUUGAAGACCUCGAGUCAGCAAAUCCAACACUGGCGUGCAACUAUCUGGAGUCGAGCAAACUCAUUUCUAAUGCAGCCCAGAGUUCUGCAACCAUCACCGAUAGAGCUGCUGCUGAUCGGGCAGCAACAGAGUAUAGGACACUUACAAGGCAAUGGGAAGACGUGGUAGCUGAAAUACGCGAUCUUCCGGCAUUCUCGCGGUUUCUACUUCCACCUUCGUAUGAAGACUUGCAAGCGGCAGCGCGCCAGGGCCCGGUCAUCAUCCUCAUCGCGAGUCAAUACUCAUGCAGCGCCAUCAUCGUCACGACGUCAGGAGACCCUCAUUAUGUUCCUUUGCCGUCUAUCGCUUUCGCAGAUCUCAAGAUUCUCAAGGAUCGCUUCGCCAGGGAAAUACGAGAUUCAUCUCAGAUGAACCCACGGGAGUCGAGGACGGAUCUCAUAGUGCUCUCGCGGAUAAUAUGGGACCAGAUCAUGCUACCCAUCGUCGACGUACUCGAGCACGUCCUCAAACUACAGCGCCGCUCUCGAAUCUGGCUGUGUCCCACUGCGGCUUUCACGUCCAUUCCUCUCCAUGCAGCUCACCCGUUUCAAACAAAAGCGGAUCGUUCUGGAAAGGAGCCAUGCCUCGAAGAUAUCUACAUCUGCUCUUACACGCCGACACUUUCUGCUCUGAUCAGAUCUAGACAGUUGAUGAAGAAGCGCAGUGUGCUGCCGUCCUUUGUGGCGAUCGGACAGGGUCAACCGGGUGCAGGGAAAGGCAAGGCGCUGUUGGCCGUCGACAGCGAGCUCGAGCUUGUCCAUAAGCUCGUCCCUGCCACGGCCAACCGCACCACUAUUUCUGGCGACGAAGCCACACGAGCAGGUGCACUCGAAGCAUUGCAGCAGAACACCUGGGUCCACCUUGCUUGUCAUGGCAAGCAGGACCCUAAACAGCCUUACGAUUCGCAUUUUGUCAUGAGAGACGAACAUCUGACGCUGCUCGAUAUCAUGGAGAGACAUAUUCCGCAGGCCGAGUUCGCGUUCUUAUCGGCUUGUCACACUGCUGUAGGCGAUGAGGAGACGCCCGACGAAGUGAUCCACCUCGCAGCUGGUCUCCAGUUUUCAGGGUUCAAGAGCGUCAUUGGCACGCUGUGGGAGGUCGACGAUUCUGUCGCAAAACACGUCGUCGAAGCUUUUUACGGGUAUAUGUUUGGAGAUUUGAAAAAGGGUGGCGUCAUGGACUGUACGAGGGCGGCCUGGGCGCUCAACUGUGCUACGCACGCGGUGAAGACGAAAGUGCCGCUCGAGCAGAGGAUGGUUUUUGUUCAUAUUGGUGUGUAGUCCUACGUCGUAUUGCUGUCGUCUGGUAUAUAUUCACAUAUUGUUUAUCUGCUAUCCUCUUUUAUUAUGUUGUACAAAUGACCCUGAUACA